CAAUUCAAGUCCUUUUCCGAAUGUCAGACAUGCUCCUUUCAAUAUAGCGAUAGUGACUAUUAUAGACAACGCUACCUCAUACGUUGAGUACACCGAAGCUAUGGGCUCGGUUGGCUGUUAUGCACGUAUACACGAAUACGAAUAUAUUGUGAUUACUGCAGACCUACAUUUUGAUGAGUGUCCCCAUAAUGAGAUGUUCUUCAGGCGACACUGUAUAGUAGCUUCAAUAUUGCACAAUUAUGACUAUAUCUUAUUCCUAGAUGCUGAUAUUGGUGUUGUUAAUCCGAACAGGACAAUUGAAGAUUAUAUUGAAGAUAAUGUAGAUAUCGUUUUUUACGACAGAUUUUACACUUUUGAAGUGAUGGCAGGGACUUAUCUCGUAAAAAACACUGCUUGGUCUCGUGAUUUCCUCAAUGGUUAG